AUGUUUGAGACAGGUCCCGAUACUGGCUCCGAUGUCAACAUUAUAUCUUUGAAAACGGCCCGGCUUUUAGGCUUCAAGCCAGAUAUUCGAAAGCCCGAAGAAGUCGGUUUUCGUCUUGCCAAUAAUGAGCUUAUAAAAGCUAUCGGUCAGGUCGAUAUCGCCUGCUCUUUUGGAGUUGGGACGCCGUGGCAUGACUUGAGGCUAAAUUGCAUCUUUCACAUUUUCAACACUCUGUCCGUUCCUUUGAUUAUGGGCAUGCAGUUCCUUGAAAUGACAGAGACUUACUCUAAGCAUCAGAACCGUCUAGUUGAAGAGACGGUUCCACACAUGCACUCUUUGCAGGUCAACUCCGUUGGGAGGCCAAGAAAGAGUUUAAUAUGCCGACUAGGUGCAUAUGUUAGCUUGGCGACCGCAGAUACUGGCUCUGAUAUAGACCUUAUCAGUGCGGACUAUGCAAGGAAAAGAGGGUUUCCAAUUGAUGAAGCUUCCCACGACAUAA